CCAUGCGGGGAGAGCCAGGAUUUAUUGUCGAUUAUGACCAUUCAUAUAUGUUACCGACGCUAAGGUCAUCAGCUGAUGAAUCAGAGUCCUGGAGGCGCUGGUGGAGGCAUGCGAAUACCCAGGGUUAGGAGAUGCAAAAAUCACCGGUUGGAGGGCAAAAUGUUGGUAUCUAACUCUAGAACGUUUUUCUUGUGCUACUCCCGCGGUAUCGGAUUAGACACAGAUAAGUAGGUAACAUCCUGUCCCUCAUUUCAAAAUUGUUCUCUUCACAUUGUCCUCAUUCAACUGUCAUCUUGAGUUGAGUUUCGUGGGCACUUGUUUUCAGCUGGAGUGAAUACGAAUUCUGUAAGUUUACCUUCUACUUGAUAGCUUCUUGAAUCGUUACUUGGAACACCUUCAUUCCCGCUUCUUCACAUACCUAUGCAAACAAGAAACCCCACAGUUACCAAGAUACAUUUCAAUUCUGUUUAUUGCAAUAAGCUAUUUCAUAUCAAUUGCUGAUUGCUCUUUUACAGACCCCAAAACUCAACAUGGCAGAUCAGUACGACACUGCAGGCCAUGAUGGCCAUGUCGUCGAAUCCCAAUCUCCAGCCAAGAAAUCAGUUGGAGAAUAUUGCAGGACCCGAGUUUCAACACUCAAGCCUCCCAUGCACAAAGCUCCUAACCCAUUCAAACUUUUGGCUAUGUUGAAUGGAAAACAAUGGCUAUUCUUUUUCGUUGGAUUUGUUGCCUGGGUAUGUACUGAAUCGGUGAUAUCAUUGAAUUCCCUUGACUAACUAUCAUUCUAGACUUGGGAUGCAUUCGAUUUCUUUACAGUCAGUCUUACAGUCUCGGAUCUUGCAGAGGAAUUCGAUAAGACCACUACGGAAAUCACAUGGGGUAUUACAUUGGUUCUCAUGUUGAGAUCUGUCGGAUCUAUUCUCUUCGGUCUCGCCGCAGAUAGAUAUGGUAGAAAAUGGCCCUUUAUCGUCAACAAUCUUCUAUUCAUCGCCCUGGAACUUGGUACCGGUUUCUGUCGAACCUAUAAAGAGUUCCUCGCAUGCAGAGCUCUGUUUGGUAUUGCAAUGGGUGGCUUAUACGGAAAUGCUGCCGCUACAGCACUAGAAGAUUGUCCUGAAGAAGCUCGUGGUUUGAUUUCUGGUAUACUUCAACAAGGAUACGCUUUUGGAUAUCUUCUUGCAACAGCAUUUGCUAGAGGUUUGGUAAAUACCACUAGUUAUGGAUGGAGACCUUUGUUUUGGUUUGGUGCAUGUCCACCUGUUUUCAUCAUUAUCUUCCGUCUUUGCCUUCCCGAAACAGAUGCAUAUAAUGAGCGUGUCCUUGUUCGAAACGAGAGAGGUAAUAUUGGGGCUACCUUCAUUGCCGAAGGAAAGGUCGCAUUGAGGGAACAUUGGUUAUUAUUAAUUUACUUGGUACUUCUCAUGGCCGGUUUCAACUUCAUGGUAAGCCUUCCCUCCACCACUCGCCGCAAAUCCCAUAAUAUAGUUCACACUAACCCAACUCCAGUCCCACGGAUCCCAAGAUCUCUACCCAACCAUGCUUAAAAACCAAUACAACUUCUCAGCCAACGCCGUAACCGUCAUCCAAGUCGUCGCCAACCUCGGCGCCAUGACCGGCGGCACCAUAAUCGGCUACUGUUCCCAAAUCUUCGGCCGUCGCUUCUCCAUAAUCUUCAUCUCCAUCAUCGGCGGUGCUCUCCUGUACCCCUACACCUACACCUCCUCGAGCGCCAUCAUCGCCGCCGCCUUCUUCGAACAAUUCUGCGUCCAAGGCGCCUGGGGCGUCAUCCCCAUCCACCUCAUGGAACUCUCUCCCGGUUCCUUCCGCACCUUCGUCGUAGGCACCGCAUAUCAACUCGGUAAUCUUGUCUCCUCUGCGAGUUCCACCAUUGAAGCACAAUUAGGAGAAAAAUUCCCCCUACCUCCUAAAGGCAAAACCGCACGAUUUGAAUAUGGAAAGGUUAUUUGUAUUUUUCUGGGUUGUGUCUAUGUUUACGUGAUAGUGUUGACAUUUGUGGGGCCGGAAUAUCUAAGGAGAAGUUUCGAUGUGCAGCAUGAUAGUGAUUUGGCGGCGGCAGCCGGUCAUGAAACGAUCGAGAAGAGUAUUAAGAAGAUGAGGGGGAAUGGAGUUGGUGGGGGAGAUGGUGAAUCGGUGGUUGAUGUAGAUGGUGGGUUGGAAAAGGGCGUGGCGAGGAAUAUUGAAUAGAGGGUAUCUAGUAGAGGUUAAAGGUUAGAGGUUGGGUUGGUAUUGGUAUUUGAUAGGGAGUUGAGGAUGAUGUGAUAAAUUUAUUUUGGUUUGGUUUGGUUUGGAUAUGAUUGGGAAUUAUGAGAGGAGAGUAUAUCCUAAAAAGGGAUGAGAUACACUUCGGUAAGAUUAAUGAAUUAUGAUGA